AUGGUGAACGUAGCCACUUUGGGAAGAAAGAAGGUAAUAUUAGUCCUAUUAUAUCAUAGGAAAAUUGAAAUCAGGAAGAAGAUGAGACUCUUUUUAUUUCUAAUAAUUUGCAAGUGUGCCGUAAAUGGUGUCAAAACACUCAGUGCAUCAAAUCCCAAUGUCAUUUUACUGAUGGCUGAUGAUCUUGGUAUUGGAGACCUGGGAUGUUACGGGAACAGAACCUUAAGAACCCCCAAUAUUGACAGACUAGCAGAGGAAGGAGUGACACUCACUCAGCAUAUUGCAGCAUCCCCACUUUGUACUCCAAGCAGGGCAGCUUUCCUGACAGGUCGAUAUCCUAUCAGAUCAGGAAUGGCUUCCUUCUCACGAGUUGGUGUCUUCUUAUUUUCUGCCUCUUCUGGAGGACUUCCUUCUGAAGAAAUAACUUUUUCCAAACUCCUGAAACAAAGUGGUUAUGCAACAGCUCUAAUAGGAAAGUGGCAUCUUGGAAUGAACUGUGAAAGCAGUAAUGACUUCUGUCACCACCCCCUCAGUCAUGGAUUUGAUUACUUUUAUGGGCUUACCGUGACCAAUUUUAGAGACUGCAAACCUGGCCAAGGCAGCGUGUUUUUAAAAGGGGUUCAGAAAUCCCUUGUCAUCCCAAUCCAAAUUGUUGGAAUCACCCUCGUCUCUUUGGCAAUAGUGCAGUACAUUGGCUUUCUCAAAGUACCUUUCCAUGCAUUGGGCUACUCCUUGUUAAUAACUGUUAUUUCACUUGGAGUUUUGAUUUUUUUCUUUCAUCAUUUCCGACACUUGAACUGCUUCUUAAUGAGGAAUCAUCAAAUUAUCCAGCAACCGCUAUCCUAUGAGAACCUUACUCAGAGACUGACAAAGGAAGCCAUGCAGUUUAUAGAAAGGAACACUGAUGCUCCAUUUCUUCUUGUCCUGUCUUAUCUUCAUGUCCAUACUGCUCUAUAUGCGUCAGACAAUUUCAGAGGAAAAAGCAAGCAUGGUUUGUAUGGGGAUGCAGUGGAGGAAAUGGACUGGAGUGUAGGUCAGAUCCUAGAUGUGCUGGAGAACUAUAAUUUGAGUGAUAAAACUCUUGUAUAUUUUACAUCUGACCAAGGGGCUCAUAUUGAAGAAAUAUCCAGUUCUGGAGAAGUCCAUGGGGGAUACAAUGGCAUAUUUAAAGGUGGAAAAUCAAUGAACUGGGAAGGAGGUAUUCGUGUGCCGGGGAUUCUCCGUUGGCCUGGAGUGAUACAAGCCAGUGCCUAUAUUGAUGAGCCAACAAGUAACAUGGAUAUAUUUCCAACCAUAGUUAAACUUGCCAAGGCACAGUUACCCUCUGACAGAAUUAUUGAUGGACAUGAUCUGAUGCCCUUACUUCAAGGAAAAGUUACCCGAUCCAAGCAUGAAUUUCUCUUCCAUUACUGUAAUGCAUACUUAAAUGCAGUGCGCUGGCAUCCAGGAAACAGUGAAUCUGUCUGGAAAGUCUUCUUCUUCACUCCAAACUUCAGUCCUGAAGACUCUAAUGGUUGCUACAAUUCUCAUGUUUGCUUCUGCCAUGGAGGAUUUGUCACAUGGCACGAUCCUCCACUGCUCUUUGAUCUCUCCAGAGACCCUGAAGAGAAGGUUCCACUGACUCCAAAAACAGAGAGCCAUUUCUAUGAAAUCCUCGGGGUCAUACGUCUAGCAGUAGACAACCACAUCAAAUCCCUGCAUGCUGUCCCUGACCAGCUGUCAUGGGAUAACCUUCUCUGGAAGCCGUGGCUCCAGCUGUGCUGCUCAUCUCUACUUCAGUCUUGCUACUGUGACUAUGACUCAGAAGGGAGCCUACUGGAAGUACAUUCAGGAUAA